GCGGUCAUCGAAGGUGAGGUUACUUCAUUUGCGUCUAAAUUUUGUUUUGUUUUCGAAAAUCUCGUGAAUAUAAACAACAGCAUCCGGAUUCCUGAUUAGUCGUUAGCAAUGUCGAAGAUAUCGAAACGAGCCAGAGAGCUCAAAACCAUGGGUAACCAUGAAAGUUUUUUAAACCGAAUCCAAAAAACUUUAUACUAUGGACGUUUACCAAAUGCAGAUUGCCUCAGUUUGCCUGUAACAGAGCUGGCAUCUGAACUCUUUUCCGAACCUCACACUGGCAGAUCUUUGGACAGGCUCCAUUGCAAAGAUGCUGCUUACAUAUCAAGGCAGUCCUGUGUUUCACCAUGCUCCUUCGUUUUGGCUGUACUGUACUUGGAACGUUUGAAAUCUUGUAAUCCUGAAUAUUUACAAUGUGUUGCUCCAUCUGAAUUGUUCUUGGUCUCACUGAUGGUCUCUACUAAAUUCUUGCAUGAUUAUGGUGAUGACACUGAAAUUUAUUUGGAUGAGUGGGCAGCUUCCGGUGGUAUAACAGUCAAAGAACUGAUAAGUUUAGAAAAGGAUUUUUUAAAUGCAAUUGAAUGGGAGAUAUUUGUGAGUGAUCAAACAUUCUGGAGGAAGCUAUCAUCUAUUGAAAGUAUUAUUGGAAGAAAUGAAGGCAAAAACAGAGGCUUCUUUACUUACACGGAAUUGAAUAACCUAUUGUCGGUGAUAGAUGCAGGAGCGUUGGUGCAUUACUUGACUGCCGUUUUGGCAGUUCUUACUCUGACUUACGCAGCCGGAUUACUCACAGUGAUAAGCUCGAUGCUUAUUGUUAGCCACAUGCCAGGAAACUGCUUGAGCCCGGUGAGCAGCGAAGUACCAUCCAACCAACAAAGCUUCGAACAAGAACCAGAAACAGUAUUCGAAAAAAAGCCAAUAGACGCUGUAGAUAUUCUACAAACUGGAAUAAUACUUGCAAGCAUAGCCGGUGCAAAUUACGAUUCGAACGAAACUGAGAAUACAGAGAGCGUCGGUUGGGAUUGGUGGAACAGCACGACCAUGAAUUGGCUUACCUCGACUUCCAAGAUCAUGGAAAUUCCGAUACCUGAAUUCAAGGCGUACACUUACAACAAUUACCUAGAGAUGACCAUCGACAAGAAGCUGCUGCUGCAAGAUCAGUUGCAUAAGGCUACCAGGAUCCGUAUGCAGGAUCGUCUCGAGUCGUCCUGGCAUACUGAAUGGACCGAUACAAUUUUUACUCUGUUCUCUUACAGCCCAAUGGCUUUCUUCCAGCAGAUUAAAGAGUGAUUUGAUAAAGGCUGAUCGUGUAUCCUUUCUCUCGUACAGAUUGGACGGAUUAUUAUUGGAUAUAUCAAAUGGUAACAUAUUUUUCUAAAACACAGACACAAUGCUUAGCUUUAACGAAUUCAUUAAUAGAAUUUAUAUUUAUUUUUG